AUGGUCAAAAUUGUAUCGCCGUGUAUGUCCGAUAAUCAACUUCGUCAACAACAUGCGGACGGCAGACAAAUAGAGACAUCUGGCCCCAAUAGUCAACGUGAUUCAACUCAAGGCGACUCGGAACUGGGGACUAAAUUUUUGAAGAGGGAAUUUGGCUAUCUCGCAACAUUUCCAUUUUCAGUCAGCAUCAGUGGUCUAUUCGCCACAUGCAUGACUACCAUGUUUUGUCCACGGAAGGUGGGAGGGAGUAGUGCUGUAGUAUGGUGCCGGGUGAUAUCUGGCGCUAGUUACAUGUGUAUUGCGCUUGAGUUUCCAUUUCGCUGUCCAGAUCAGUGCUCGGUAGCUAAACUGUUGUCCGCAUACCCAACCUCGGGUGGUUUGUACUUCACAACCUCCCGACUCGCAUUUGAAAUCUGGCCCCUUUAUAGGCUGAUAAAUCCCCGUGUCUUGAAGAUAUUCUUUGCUUAUAAUUGUAGGCUGACAGGAUGGCUUGAUCUUCCUGGUCGGAUUGCUAGUGUGGCGUCCUCGGAAUACAGCGCAGCCGAAAUGUUACUCGCCGCAGUGGAUGAGCAGGGACUUCAACUAUACGAUUGA